AUGGAGCGCUGGGUGCGAUUGGCAGAGGGCCCACCAGUCCAGCUAGAGCCCGUCGACCUGAGCGUUCGUUCUCCGCCAAAAGAUCUAAAAUCAGCAUCGAACCGAAUGCGCAGCGGUCUCUUGAAACGGCCUCCACCUCCUCUCAUCACAGCACCACACCUGUUAGCUUUAAGGCAGAAAACAAAGGAUCUAUUUUACACGCUCCACAAUAACAACAACAACUACGACGAGAUCGAAAAUGAUAGCACGGACAGCAGUAGUGAGUCAACGACGACGACGGCCAAGAUCGCAGCUGCUGCGGCCGCUGCAGCAGCCGCAACAAUUGCCGCCGCUGCGGCAGCCUCGCAUGCACCACCCUCCGCCUUCUCGCCGACGCACGCACAUCAGCUUCUUUCAACGCUGUGCGGCCCCGGAAGUGCCAUCGCUCCAGGCCAAUCGGAAACGCAGAAAAAUAACAACGGGAGCGCCGCCGACGGUGCUGCAACAGCGGCACUCAUCCUAGCCGAAAAUAACAAUAGCCUUAGUGUGAAUAAUAACAACUAUCCUAGUGAAAGCGACCUUGAAACGAAACCGAGUACCUUCCGCGAGACAUCCUAUCCUAUCUACAGUAACUACUGUGUUCAGCAGCGUGCCAGUCCCACGCACCGCACGAAGCCGGAAAGCCAGCAGAAAAAGUCACCAUCGGCGGGACUUGGUGGUACGCAUCCGACGCAUCAUCACCAUCCACAUCAUCAUCUCUUUCCGGCACAGUUUCUGCAAGCCUUUUCCGUGCAUCAUCACCAGCAGCAGCAGCUUGAUGAGCAACAGACAUUGCUCGGUACGGCCAGCAUCAACAGCCAUCGCCGAGCUCAGUCACCUCUUUCGAUGAUGCUCGAUCAGCAGCUGCACGACCAGCUACAUCAGCUCUCUGCAGCAUCCGCCGUCCAUCCACCGACUGUGGCUAAACUAUUACCCGGUAUUCCUGGACCCUUGGCUGCAUCGAUCGCGUCCAUAGCGUCCAGCUUACCCAAGAACCAUCCGCUUAGCGAGACUGCCACCGUUGCGUUCCAGCGGCUGCUUCAGCAACAGCAGCAACAGCAUCAGCAAACAGCCAACACGACCACAUCUCAAUCGGCCAGUUCCGGGUUAUUUUUACGCUCUCGCAACACCACAAGCUCCACGGGAAGUAACAGUCCGGAUCGGUAUACCGGCAAGCUAACUGACCUACGGCAGCGUACCAGAUCGAACAGCAGUUCCAAUGGCGGGAUCAACAGUGAGCAGCCUGUAGUAGCAUCGUCCGCAAAACGCCACGGGGACGAUAAUAAUGGGCAUAGUAGUAACAGCAGCAGUAACACUCCUCGCCAUCACCUACAUCUAGCAGCAGCCUCAAGUGGUUUGCUUGGGCUCGGUUCCGAGUUGCGGCAUCAUCACCAUCACAACCAUCAUCACCACCACCAUCAGUCGUCUUCCUCGCUGUCCUCGAUGAAAGGAUUAACGAAGAAUCGGAAGAUUCAUCGCUGUGAUGCGACCGGAUGUGAUAAGGUGUACACCAAGAGUUCUCAUCUCAAAGCGCACAAACGAACGCACACGGGAGAGAAACCUUACAUCUGCACCUGGGAGGGUUGUGUUUGGCGAUUUGCCCGCUCGGACGAGCUCACCCGCCACUACCGGAAGCACACCGGACUGAAACCCUUCCGCUGUAAGCUUUGCACACGUUCCUUUAGCCGCUCGGAUCAUUUAUCGCUGCACAUGAAACGGCAUUAA